AUGGCUCUUUCGAACCCCACGCCCGACCGAAAGAUCCAGCUCGUGCGCAUUGCACACGUUUACUACAAGCACAAAGACGUCGACGCUGCGCACCAGUUCGCCAUCGACUUCGGCUUCCAGGAGUGCAAGCGCACCAACGACAAAAUAUACUAUCGGGGGUACGGGCGCGAGCCAUACGUAUACUGCAUAGUCAAGAGCGACAAAGACGAGUUUGGCGGCGCCGCCUUCGUCGUCGAGUCGGAAGAAGAGCUGGAAUAUGCGGCCAAGGUGCUGCCGGACGCGAGCCAGGUAUAUGAGUUGAGCGAGGCGCCCGGCGGCGGCAAGUGCGUGACGUUCAAGGAGCCGGUUGAUGGCGUGCCGUUCCAUCUGGUGUACGGACAAAGUCUGGCCGACGAUGAGAAGGCGUUGCCGCAGCUGCAGUAUAACUUCCCGACAGACAAGAAGAGACCGGUGGGCAAGACGCAGCGUUUCGAGAAGAAGCCGGCGCCGGUGCAUAAACUGGGCCAUUUCGGGUUGUGCGUGACAAACUUUGCAAAGGCUCAUGACUUUUAUUUGAAGUAUUUCAAUUUCUUCUCUAGUGAGCUCAUCCAUAAUGACGCCGGUGUCAAUGUCACUGUCUUCUACCGGCUCGACCGGGGCAAGGAGCUCGUGGACCAUCACUGCUUCUUCUUCUUCGAGGGAGAAAAGGCCCCACACGUGCACCACUCUUCCUUUGAGACGCACGACUUCGACACCCAGGUGCUCGGCCACGACUGGUUGCGGCACAAGGGGUAUGAAAACUGCUGGGGAGUUGGCCGGCAUAUCAUGGGAAGCCAGAUUUUCGAUUACUGGUUCGAUCCGGCCCGCUUUGUCCUGGAACACUAUGCCGAUGGCGACUUGUUAGAUAACACUGAGCCGACAAACAACACGCUUGCUGCGCCGGACAACCUCCACGUAUGGGGUUAG